CCUCACAUUUCUUCAGCAAGCAGAGCAGCUCGCGGAGAUCACCUUUCUACAAUCCACUUAAAAACUCCAUUUCCAUAUAUCCUCAAGGUCCAUUUUUAGGUGAGGAGGACGACAAAUUAUUACAACCAGGGCCCAAUGACAUCGGCGGCAUAUGGGAGCCUGAGGAUUAUACUCUGCAGAUCAAGUAUACACAACUCGAUGAUGCUGGAACCUACAUGUGUCAGAUCAACACUGAACCAGCGCAUCUUCCAGACAGUGUUACUUAAAGUCUUCAAGGUGAAGGCAGAAAUUAUAGGCAGUCAUGAACUGUUUGUCAAAGCUGGAAACCCCGUGACACUUUCUUGUAGAGUGAGCCAUGGAAGCAUGAUCCCAGGCUUCACGCUGUGGUACAAGGAGGAGCGGCUCGUGGAGUACGAGAGCAGCGGGGGGAGAAUCCGCGUCCUGACUCUGCCCGAGGGCUUGAGUCAUCUGAAGAUCGAGGACGCUCGGACUUUCGACUCCGGCAACUACACGUGCUCCCCGUCGGGCGGUGUCCCUGCCUCGCUCGUCCUCAACGUUAUUGAGGACGAGCGUCAGGCCGCCAUGCAGCAGGAGAACGUGGCAGCCAUUCCUGGUGUCAGCCGGUGCAUCCUUGCUCAUCACCUUUCUGUUGGUGGCGGUUCCUUGCGAUCUGUGGUCCCUGCGCUGUCCCUUGGAAUUCACUUGAAUUUAGCGGGAGCAACGUGUCUGAUGCGCGCCACAACACUUACUGUCGCGACUGUCACUGAGCUCUGUGCAAGAUCUGUGCAAGUAUAUAGACCUUGGUUCUGUGCGCUUGGAUUGGCUUUCAUGGAAGCGGUCAGCGGCGCAUGGCUGAUCUUGCCAGGACGCGUCACGUCACGUAAGAUAUUUAUGACAUUUAUGUGUUUGUUCGUUACGUUGAUAGAAAUAACUUUGUGUUUGCGAAAAUCCUUUGUCUGUUUGAUCUAAUUUCAGAAAUACUCGACAUGAUAUUUUUUAUAGAAUUAAAUUUAUGAAAAAAAUUUGUCUCAAUAUCCUAUGGCCAAUACUAAAUUCCGAAGAAAGAAAAUAUUUACAUAAACACAAAUACGCAAAUAGACCUGUUUAAUUAUACAUAUACCUACCUAAUUGUUUAAUCUAUAGCAAUAUGUUUAUCUGUCAAUAUAUAUGUAUAGUUCCCCAUAAUUCUAACUGGUACACCACGAGCCUGGAGGAGACACUUUUCAUCUGGCAAUACUUGUGUUGUUAUGCAGUAUUCCGCGAGUGAAGAGGUUGAUCUCUAUAGCGAUGACUGUGAGUGAUAUAAUAUCAUCAGUAGGAAAGAAAUUCAACUGGGGAAAGGAUGUCAAAAUGUUAUAACUAUUCAGAUUUUAAAACUUAUGAACAAAUAUAUAAUUUUAUCUGCAACAAGGUUCUCCGAAAAAAACAAUAUUUCAUAGGUUUGAUAACUGAGUCUAAGCUUGCCACCUACAUUGUAAUGAGUGA